AUGGCGGUCGAAAGCAUUUCGAAUCAUGGAGAACUCGAGGAGAGGAUCGAGAUGACCCAGAAAAGCACAGUGCCCCAACCGGAAGACGAGAUACUUUUGAGACUGCUCGUUAAGUCUUUGCUGCAAUUCAGGAAACACAAGAUAUUGCCAAAUUUGGAUGCUAAAAAUGCGUUUACAAGAGCAUGUGGGUUUGGUUAUGAUAAGUCUACCGAUGACUACAAGGCGGUCAGGAUCUUUAGUGAGGGUCAGAACCAGAGGGGUGGGCGUGGGGGUGGUUGUUUAUUCAUUGAGAAGGAAUUUGUGCACCAAGGAUCUUCUAGAGCUCUCCAUUGGGUCUCCCAUGUUGAUACGGAAUCGAGUUACUCUUCUUGGGUGAUUGUUUCUCUUGAUUUGGAGAAGGAAACGUAUGGAGCAAUUGUGCCAUCUGAUUUCGGGGAUUGUGUUAUUGAUUUGACAUUGUGUGUUUUAAAAGGAUGCCUCCAUGUGCUCUGCAACUUCUCGACUUGUGCUGAUGUAUGGGUAAUGAACGAGAAUGGCGAGAGAGUACCUUGGACUAAGUCGUUCACAAUACCAUAUUCUGUAGUGUCAAGAAUUUGCCACUGCACACCAUUGUGCAUUUCGAAAAAUGGUGAAAUUUUAUUGAAAUUUGAGAAUCUGUUAGUUCUUUACAAUUUGAAAGAUGGUAAAUUUAGGAAUCCUGGAAUACCUAACAUGUGCAACUGUCUUCCAGUGGAUACCUAUGUUGAGAGCUUAGUCUCCCUUGAUGGUAAUAAUUUGGGUUAG